CAGAUUGUGUGCACUGGAGACCACCUACCAGCAAUAAUGAAUUUCAGGGAGAAAAUCAUGAGCCGGGUAGUUCCAGGGCAAUUUGAUGAUGCUGAGUUGUCUGACAGUGAGCAGGAACAAAUUGAAGUCAUUCAGCAAGAGAAAAGAAUCAUUCAAAUGCAGCCAUCACAUUUGUACCCGGAAGCUGAUGUGGAUGAAUUUGACGACAGUGGUGAAGACAAUGAAGAUGACUGGGACUGGGAUGAUUCUGUUGGGAAAGUUACAAAGCGAAAUCUCGUUUCUGGAGGAAGAAACACACAGCAUGGUCACAUCUACACUAGGGAUUUGGCUUACAGUUCCUGUAGGUAUUUUGAAGUGAUCAAAGGUCUCCCUUCUUGCCUCGAACUCGUAUGGAAGAAGUUAGAAGGAGAAUAA